AUGGUCCCCUUUUAUUGUCAAAUCCAUGCUGAAGAAGCUUGGCUGUAUGAGUACCCAUAUACUCCCAGCUUUGUCCCUACAUCAGUGCUAUGGGUGAGUUCUGAACAUCUGGUUCUAUUCACACAUCCUUUUGUUAUUGUGGUUCCACCAACCAUCUUUCUACUCUGGAAGAUGAGCCGAACAGGCUGGGAAGAUUUUCAAGAAGCAAUGCUGGCAUUUUCCCUUGCAUUGGGCCUGAAUGGUGUCAUCACAAACAUCAUAAAGCUUGUGGUUGUUUCCUUCGCAUCCAUGGGAUUUGUUAGUCUUUACCUGGCUGGGAAGUUGCAGACCUUUUCAUCCCAUCGACCACCUCAUAACAUGGGAGUCCUUGCACCAGUUGUCCCUCUGGUAUUUGCCCUUGCUAUUGCCCUCAGUCGCACAUGCGACUAUCAUCAUCAUUGGCAAGAUGUUGCAGUGGGGUCAGCAAUUGGAAUUGCUGUGAGCCAUUACAUAUACUUCAUGUAUUAUCCCUCAUUGAAAAGUCCUCAUAGUGGUGAUCCUCAUCAAUCUACAUUGAAGUCCUCUCGAUUGGAUCAAUCCCUUCGCUCAGUAGCCAUCACUGGAUCCUCUAAGAUUGUCCAUCUUCUCCACUUUCACGUGCUACCCUACAACAUCCUUUGCAUCACCACUGCUUUUGUUGGUGUUUGUGGUGCCACAUAUCAGCUUGUUACAAUUGCCAGUCAGAGGCACACCAUGGGCUCAGUGUCAUCAUAUGUUUCCUUGACCAGCAAAGGGAGGCAAUUAGCAAUCAUCUGCUGGCUUGCAUUGGCUGAUCUCCUUGCUGCUCUUGGUAUUCUCGUGCGGGCGGCAGUGUGGCUCAUCGAUGCGAUGUUCAUGCUUCAGCAUACCUUCACGGCUCAGCUCUUCUGUGCCAUUCUCUCUGCGUGGUCUCACUAUUUCUACACGGUGACCUACAUGUGGACGUUGAUAUACGCCUUGGACAUGUGGCGGACACUCCAGGAGAAGCCUCCUAACACCCGCGUCUAUCAUCUUUGCGUCUGGGGGUCAUCUGCACUUCUCUCGGGGAUCGGAGUUUCCCUGCUCUAUGCACCAUCACUGGAUUGUCACCAAGCUGAAGAAUAUGGUUUCUGGUACAUCCUCCCUAGUUACUUAUCCACAUACAUCCCUAUUCUUCUUGUCAUGAUUGCUAAUCCCAUCAUCUACAGAAUGGCCUUCCACAAGGCUGUUGUGAAUCCCUUGCAAGCAUUCAUGAAUGUAUUGAUCUAUGGAAACUGGAGGAAAUGCUUCUACAAGUGUUGUCUUGGAAAGGUCCGUGGAGAGGAACAGACCCUCCUUCUUGAGGCAAGUUUACCUAACACAAGUCACAUUAUCAACUCGAGUCCACAUCGGGUUAGGGCCAACGGAAGAACAUAAAUGCAGAGUGAUGUAUCCCUUCAGAAACAAUCAUCCCUGAGUUCAUAAUAUGUGGGUGUAGCUCUGAAUGAUAUAGAAGCAAAUGAAAGAAAAGUAGAUGAUUCAAACUUUAUUUUUCGAGAGUUGAUGCAAUUAAUUAAUUUUGAUUCAAUAGGAGA